AUGCAACGUCUACAAUCUAGCUCAACUCAAACAACUCGCGAUGACCAGAAGAAACGAGAAGAACGCAUCGCCAGAAACUUCCAGAGGAGAAAAGCUGUUGAAGCUGCUAGAAUCAAGGAUUCGGAGGAGAAACGUCGUCGCCAGCUGAUUGCCAUCGAGGAGUACAAACAACAACGACUUCAAGCAGUGCGAUUUGAAGGAUCAGACUUAAAAGAGAACCAAAAACCGAUCAAACCGAAGACGGGACGUGGAAAUUGCUUCAAACGCCGCUUUUAA